CCUCGCUUUUCCUCGGUUGUCACCUGUUGUCACGCUGCCAUAGCAGUGCACUGACUGUGACGCCACGUCCUCUUCUUCUUAUUCAAACGCGAUGCCUUCAGCGACGGUAUCAGACUCUGUUCCCAUUGAAACUGCUCAUGAAGAUAUGAUUCAUGAUGCACAGUUAGACUAUUACGGAAAACGACUCGCUACUUGUUCCUCAGAUAGGACUGUCAAGGUUUUUGAUGUCGUUGAUGGAGAUGCUUCAAAAACAUCUGGCGGGCAUACACUGAAAGGACAUACAGGUCCCGUCUGGCAGGUCGCUUGGGCUCAUCCAAAAUUCGGCCACAUACUGGCUUCGUGUUCCUACGAUGGAAAAGUGUUAAUUUGGAAGGAACAACAAAGCCAGGCUUCGGCUGGCGGAUGGUCGAAAGUUGGCGAACAUACAUUGCACACCGCUUCUGUAAAUUCCGUUUCAUGGGCUCCUCAUGAGCUUGGAGCUAUGCUGGCGUGUGCAUCAUCCGACGGAAAGAUUUCUGUUCUUACUUUCAAAGAUGACGGUAGCUGGGUCGCCGACAUAUUCAAUGGACACGCCAUUGGAUGCAACGCCGUCUCCUGGGCCCCAGCCGUCAUACCCGGCUCUCUCAUCACUCCUCAACAACAAUCCAUUCCAGGCCAACAAUCUCAAACCCAAUCCGUGAAACGAUUUGCCAGCGCCGGCUGCGACAAUCUCGUAAAAAUCUGGGGAUACCGCGAGGACUCUCAAUCAUGGGUCGAGGAAGAUACGUUGGAAGGGCAUGCUGAUUGGGUUCGAGACGUCGCCUGGGCUCCGAAUAUCGGGCUUCCGAAAAGCUAUAUCGCUACUGCGUCGCAGGAUAAGACCGUGUUGAUUUGGACGAAGGAUACCGCGACUUCGCCUUGGGUGAAGACUGCUCUUGACCCGUCGUCUGCAUUAGCUUCGCCUUCGUCUUCUUCGGGAGCUUCUAGCAAGUUCCCUGAUGUUGUUUGGCGGGUAUCCUGGAGUCUAGCUGGUAAUUUACUUGCUGUCAGCUGCGGGGAUGGCAAAGUCACCCUCUGGAAGGAAAACUUGAAAGGUAUCUGGGAGUGUGUUAGUGACAUGAAUAGUUAACUAGCUGUAUGAAUUGGAACUAUUUCUCUAUACAUUUAUCACAUUGACCUUCUUCAACAUGUUUCAGUGUAUGCUGCCUAUUAUUGAAUUA